GCAUAACCAGUAGAGUUCCGCCUUUUAAAAAAUGAUGCUAAGUAGUACGCGCAUGCGUUGAUUUAACAUGAAAAAAAUACUACUUAUUGGUCAUUAAAACAAUUUAAAAAAUAUCCUUGCCAGCAAAACGUCUACAAACACAUCAAAAUGUCUUCGAACGAAGUUAAAGAUGAUUCGCUCUACCCAAUCGCUGUUUUGAUUGACGAGCUAAGAAAUGAAGACGUUCAGUUGCGCCUCAACUCAAUUAAGAAGUUAUCUACGAUUGCUCUUGCACUUGGUGUAGAGCGCACAAGGAGUGAACUAAUACCAUUUUUAACUGAUACAAUUUAUGAUGAAGAUGAAGUUUUGCUUGCAUUAGCAGAGCAGUUAGCAACAUUUACUCCACUUGUAGGUGGUCCUGAAUUUGUAAACUGUUUACUGCCUCCGUUAGAAAGCCUUGCAACUGUGGAAGAAACAGUAGUACGUGAUAAAGCUGUUGACUCAUUAAGACAAGUUGCUGCUGAUCAUUCAUCAGCUGAUCUAGAAAGCUAUUAUGUGCCUUUAUUAAAAAGACUUUCACAAGGGGAUUGGUUCACAUCUCGAACAUCAGCAUGUGGUUUAUUUGCUUGCUGUUAUCCUCGUGUUAACAGUAAUAUAAAAACAGAACUUCGCAGUGCAUUUAAAAAUCUAUGUUGUGAUGACACACCAAUGGUGAGAAGAGCUGCUGCUGGAAAACUUGGUGAAUUUGUAAAAACUGUUGAAGUAGAAUAUGUCAAGUCAGAAUUGAUUCCGUCAUUUACAAAUCUAGCAAACGAUGACCAAGAUUCUGUUCGACUACUUGCUGUAGAAGCUUGUGUGGGCAUUGCUGAGAUAUUAUCUCCCACUGAUAUUGAAUCCUUAAUUUUGCCAUCACUAAGAAAUGCUGCCCAGGAUAAAUCUUGGCGAGUCAGAUACAUGGUUGCUGAUAAAAUAGUAGAACUACAGAAAGCUGUUGGACCUGAGAUAAACAAACAAGAAUUAGUACCUGCUUUUGCAUCUCUUUUAAAAGAUGGGGAAGCAGAAGUUAAAACAGCAGCAGCCCACAAAGUGAAAGAGUUUUGUGAGAAUCUUCCUGAAGACAUUCGUGAACAAUCUAUUAUGAUGACGUUACUCCCAUGUGUAAAGGAUUUGGUUAUUGAUCCCAACAUGCAUGUAAAAGCUGCGUUGGCAGGUGUAAUUAUGGGCCUUUCUCCAAUGCUAGGAAAAGACAAUACCAUUGAACAUCUUCUGCCAUUGUUUUUAACUAUGCUAAAAGAUGAGUUUCCUGACGUUCGCUUGAACAUCAUUUCAAAUUUAGACAGUGUUAAUCAAGUUAUUGGAAUUCAUCAACUUUCACAAUCUCUUCUUCCUGCUAUUAUGGAACUUGCUGAAGACCCAAAAUGGAGAGUUCGACUUGCUAUAAUUGAAUAUAUGCCUUUGUUAGCUGGACAGUUGGGAAUGCAGUUCUUUGAUGAGAAGUUAAGUGCUUUAUGUAUGAGCUGGUUGGUCGAUCAUGUUUAUGCAAUUCGUGAAGCUGCUGCUCUGAACUUAAAGAAGCUGGUAGAAAAAUUUGGUUUGACGUGGGCUCAAAGUAACGUUAUACCAAAAGUCCUGGCAAUGUCUAAAGACACAAAUUAUCUUCACCGAAUGACAACCUUAUUUGCUAUAAACACAAUGAUUGAAGUAUGUGAGCCAGAUAUUACUUGCAAGCUGAUUCUUCCAACAGUACUGAGUUUAGCAAAAGAUAGUGUUGCAAAUGUUCGCUUCAAUGUUGCUAAGACAUUGCAAAAAAUUGCUCCAACUACCGACACAACCGUUGUAAACGGCACAAUUAAGCCAUGCUUGACUCAACUUAACCAAGAUUCUGAUGUCGACGUUAAGUAUUUUGCAGGUGUUGCACUAUCAGCCUGUUAAAAAGUCGCGGAAGAAGAAACGAUGAACUCUAUAUAUAAAAUUUCUUUUGCUUAAGAACACUGUAUACCGUCCUAAAAUAUAUAAAUAACUAUAAAUAUAAGUUUUCGAACAUUUUAUUACAUUUUCCGUUUGUAUACAUUAAACCUUUCAUGAGUCAUUUUCUAAAUAAUUACAUAUUUGGUUAAUUAAUGACUUGUACUAUUUGAGUGCUCAAGAUAAGGCUGGCUACUGUUAAUGAUGUCACUUGUGCUACGAAUAUAUUUUAUUUAAAUUAAUACUAAUGUACAGAGUGUUGAGAAUAAAUGUCUACACAAGA